AUGAGUCUGUGUAAUAGUACUCUUAUUAUGAUAGACACUAGCACCGGAUAUAUAUGCGAUUAACAAAUAAAAUGGAUGUUUCACAUUGAAUGUUCGUUGGGUCUACGUUGCUGUUCCGGUCCCACUCAGGUCACGUGAUCACGGGCCAUUAACUUUUGUUAUAUCAAAAAGCUAGUCAGCUCAUGGGAUCAGAAACUACGUCAUUAAGCACAGCACUACGCUCCAGUGCCGAUGGCAAGGACACGUAGAGGUGAAAGUGUAUUGGGGAAGUCUAUGCAACCUAGCGUUGAUCUCUCGAGUUGGCAGGUCUAGCUGCCUUACCCUGCGUGACAAACACGCGAGACAUUUCGUGAUCAGGCCUACAGAAAGCGAAACAAACUAUUUUCUUGUUUUGAAGGAGUCACUGACUCCAGCACCUGACAAUAGCGUCGAGGAAUUCAAGCAGGUAACCAUGGCGUCUACCAUUCCAAAGCUCUUGACUUUCCUUGUUGUCCAGUUAGUAAUCGUAGAUGUGUCAGCGAAGACUGCUAUUCAAUGUCUUGAAGGGGUCAAUAAAACAAUGGUGCCAUUGUCUUGCGGUAAUCAAUACAUUGACAUCAAGAACGUGAGUGUGGGAACUCCUACCCGGAAAAGCGGAUGUGACAUAGACUCUACAAAUGACGUCUGCUGUAACCAAAGCAAUGCAUGUCUCUACCCCAAUACAACCUUGUUCAACGAGUUGGCCUCUUGGUGUUUUCAGAGAAAGUCAUGUGACAUACCAUUGUGGGCUGUGGCCUCAAUAGCACAGUCCUGUAAUUCCAGCGUGUAUCAACUUUUUGCCACGUUCAUGGUCGUUGAUUACGAAUGUGUGGACACUCCUCCCACUUCUACUUCUACGACCACAACUAUGCCGUCUGCAUCCACAGUAGCAAUGCCAAUGACCACCAGCUUCUACAGCAACAACUUGACCAUGGGAGAGCAGGCCGCCAUCAUCUGCUGCAUCAUGCUGUUCAUCGUCCUCAUCGGCACUGCCGUGGUCAUCUACAAGAGAAUCAAGUAUGGUCCACCCGAAGAUUUCAGAAAGCUCUUCAGCAAACCCCCAGAAAACCCAGGCAAUGACAGCCCUGGUAUGACCCCAUGGUUACCAGGCGAAGCACAAGAACAGGUGUACCAGAAAAUGGCCGAAACCCAAAAGAAGAAAAAGAGAAAGUUCCCGAAAUUUAAAUUUUAAAAUAUAAUAUGAACAUGUAAAGCAACAUUUUCUGAAUCCUUGGACCAAAAAGCUGGAAAGACAUUAUGAUACUAUUCAAGAAAUAAUUGUGGAUGGUAUGAUACAUACACAUUUUUAUGUGAUUUAGCUGUAUUGAGAUUUUAAAGCUUGGCUAUUACAAAGUGUCUGGUUUUAAAAUCUAUCAACAUAGUUUAAGAUUGUCAAUUUAUUUGUUCCCAAGAACUAAAUCCUGAGCAUCUAAUUUUUAAUAUUUUUUCUCCCAGAUUGUUAAAUCUUCUAGUACUAUUUUAUUCUUAUAUAUUUUAAAACACAAUAUGUAAUUAUUUUAGACCAAUGCUUCUCUGGUGUGUUUAAAUACUUUGCAAAGAACUUUUUAUUUGUAUUGUUGUAUUCCAAUUCCAUUGUUCUGUGCACUGUUUUAUAAUAUUGCGUGCGUAUUUAUUCAGUACGCUUACUUGAAGUUAGAGAGAAUAAAUAUUCAUCAAACUGAGUUAUUAAAACACUUAGUACAUCUAUCAAUGAUUAAAAAUAAAUCAAUGAUUUUCAAAACACAUUAAAUAAUGAGCAGAUCUAUUUUCAAGAAAACAUUAUAGAUCAGAGUUCAUUUUGAAAUAUAGAACGACUGAAUCUCAAUCUCUUCUUAUAGUAAUAAAAGACAAUAGAAUAUUAUUCCCAAAAAUAGAUGUUCAGGUCAUUACAAAUAUAUUUUCACUAUUUGCCCAAUUGCAAUGAGCAAAAUGACAGAGAAUUUUUAAAUCUAAAGUUAAUAUUCAUACUGAAAAAAAAAGUGAAAAUAUGACAGCAUGUCUGUUGACAUGACACCUGUAUGCUGACAUCUGAUUGAUACAUAGAUUGUUGACAUGUGACAUUUACAUGCCCACAUUUGAAUAACAUCUAGAUGACAUGUGAAGGACACCUAGCUAUGGGAACGAGACAUAGAUUGCUGACAUGUGAAUGACACUUAAAUUAUGACAUGACGUUUGUACUGAAGAAUUUACUAGUUGCAAAAAAAAUAUUUUGGUCUUGCAUUUUUUUUUAUUGCAUUUACCUUGUUUAUUAAAGUAUUUUUUUUUAGUGAACAUAUGCAUUUACGUGAGCCUGUCACUGUUCAAGUGAACACUAUUUGUUUGUCCGGUUUUACAUGUAGUACAGAUUUGUAUUGCAGAUUUGUAUUGCAUCUAUAACUUGUUUUAAAUUAAUUUUUAAAAAAUAAAAUAUUGAAAUAUA